UCACCCAUCUAAUGUAGAGAGAGGAUUGCCAAAUGAAUUUUGAGAGGAGAAAAUUAAUUACAGUAAUUUGGUAAAAGGAAAAAAGAGAAUGAAUGAGUUUAUUUAUUUAUAUGUGGUGUGUAGUGAGGUGUACGAUUAUGGCAGCAUUGUGAGAUGAGGGGUUCGUUAAGAACAUAAUUGUAUAGUUUCAUACUUAAUCGCCAUGGACGGAGAUUGCUAAGUUAUAGUGACGACAUUGAAAUCAUCCUUUCUCAUAAUUACAAAACAAAAUAUCUCCAUUCUCAAUCAUGCCGGCAACUAUGGGUAAAUCAAAGAGGAAACGAAGCUUCCAUGCACCUUCCUUUUCACCUUAUCUAUAUAUCUUGUUCCACCUGUUUCCUUUUUUUAAUAUUAAUUCAUCUAUAUAUAUCUAACACAAGAAUAUCCUUUCAAGUUCAUUGUUUCCGAAACAUAUAUAGAUAAACAUCAUGGGAUGUGUAAGUAGCAAGUAUACUCCCCCUCGAAACAGAAACCGGCGUCGACAUGUUGAAAGGUUAAAAGACCAGCAUGCAUUCAAACCUAUCAUCCAUAACAAGAAUCAUCCAUCCAAACAUGUUCAAGUAAAGACUAAGAAGAGAGUUGUGAUUGUGAAUACUACUACUGCAGCAAAAGAGGGAGAAAGGGCUGAUGAUAAGUCUGAGGAGGAGGAGAAGAAGAUUAAUGCCAUCUAUGAAGUUAAAGUGGGAGAGGGUGAGUGGCCCAAAUGGCUAGUUGAUAAUAUCUCCCAAAACGUUUUAGCUACAUUGAUUCGCAAGACUGCUGAUUCCUAUGAAAAACUAGGAAAGGUAGGACGUGGAACAUAUAGCAAUGUAUAUAAAGCUAGAGAUAAGGACAGUGGAAAGAUAGUUGCUUUAAAGAAGGUAAGAUUUGACACUUCUGAUUCUGAAAGCAUCAAGUUUAUGGCAAGAGAGAUUAUGAUACUACAAACAUUGGAUCAUCCCAAUGUUAUCAAACUUGAAGGAUUAGCAACAUCAAGGAUGCAAUAUAGUCUUUAUUUAGUCUUUGAAUACAUGCAAUGUGACCUUACUAGAGUUAUCUCACGCCCUACUGAGAGACUCACUGAACCACAGAUAAAAUGUUACAUGCAACAGCUGCUUUUGGGACUUCAAUAUUGUCAUGAGAGAGGAGUUAUGCACAGAGAUAUUAAAGCUUCAAAUUUGUUAAUAGAUACAAAAGGGGUGUUAAAAAUUGCUGAUUUUGGGCUUGCAAAUUCUUUAAAAAUAAAACCUAAAGGACCUCUUACAAAUAGAGUUGUGACACUUUGGUAUAGAGCUCCUGAACUUCUUUUAGGUUCAACUGAUUAUGAUUAUAGCAUUGAUAUAUGGAGUGUAGGAUGUUUGUUGGCUGAAAUGUUUGUUGGAAAACCAAUUAUGCCUGGGAGGACAGAGAUUGAGCAGCUUCAUAUGAUAUACAAACUUUGUGGUUCACCUUCAGAAGAUUACUUGACAAAAAUGAAGUUAAAGACAAGCUUUCGUCCACCACAACGUUACAAAGCUAGUUUUGAAGAAAACUUUAAGGAUUUUCCUUUGUCUGCUCUUAAUCUCUUGACUACACUUCUUGAUCUUCACUCCCAAAAUCGUGGCACUGCUGCCUCUGCCCUUCAAACAGAAUUCUUCAAAUCUCGUCCAUUAGCAUGUGACAUUUCAGAAUUACCAGUAAUAAUCAACAAAGGGGAUGAUGAACGAUCUCAACAUAAGAGACGCAAAAGGCGCAAAGGUUUGAGAAAAGGGCAACUGUCUAAAAGAAGUGCAAGCAAUUUAAGCCUAUCAGGAAUGAACCAAACUGCUGAACAAGGCAAGACAGAUUCAGAAACAUCAAAGGAGGAGAAGGGUCUGGAACAAACCAUGCUGGGACAAGAAACAGGAAAUAGUGAAAGCAGCAAAUCUUCAUCAAUAUUUACCAGUGAAAGGAGCAUGAAUGCAUCAAUAUCCCCAGUUUUUCUCUCUAGCAGUAAAAUAUCCCCUAAAACUGAAGGCCAUCCUAAUGCUCUUAAGAAUAUAAAAAACUACACUCUCUUACAGGCAUCUAUACUUGAUAUGAUCAACCCAAAAGAAGGCAACGAUUUUGGUCAGUUUCGCAGGUCCUUCUCUACAUUGGAUUUUCGGCUUGAUCCUGAGAAGCUAUCAAGUCUCUAUGGAUCAAAGUUGGACCAUGAAGUGUGACUCUUGUUCCAUAAUGCACAUGGUCUAAAGUUUUAACAUUUUAGUUCUAAUACGAUAGUAAUAGAGGAGAAACAAAGAUAUGAAACGGAGAGGAUUUCUACUUCAGACAUAUAUCCUCUAGAAUGAAAUAUAAGCAAAAAG